UACGGAGCACGCAUCAGCAGCCCUGCGUAGACCAAACUCGGUACCGAAAGCACACCCGCCAAGAGAUGAAGACAGUCAUGUUUUUCCCGAGUGCAAAAGCGGAAGAUCAACAGAUUAAGUGCGUCAUUCACCAGCGCUACUAGGCAGUGCGGAAAGCUUCGUUCCACAACCACGUUGUCGUCAUUGGUUCUCGCCGUCGUCGUCGUCGUUGGUUUGUCCUUUGGUGUCGCGCUGAUGCAUCGGCUCGUUGCUGUUUAGUUUUGCGUUCGCCCCGUUGAAAAAGUGCAGAAAGGGUGGAAAACCAGAAGUGAAUUUUCACGCGAAAAUUUUUCGGCCUGCAACAAAAUCAGUGUGUAAACCAGAAACGAGAAGGACGACAUGGAAAUCGAUAGAUUCGAGUUAGGUGCUGUGGCCUAGUUGUGGUGCUGGUAACAUGUGGAAGACAAUGGACUUCACCCCGCUGCCAUCGGAGUUGGAGGAGCUGAUACUGUGCAGCUGCUGCCACCUGCCGUUCAACGAUACGGAUGCAGUGCCGAAGCUGUUCUCCUGCCGGCACUAUUUCUGCCUGAAAUGCGUCAACCAGGUGCUCAUGAAGGGUACCGAGCUGUACUGUGUGCACUGCUGGAAGCGAACGGAGCUCAGCGGACCGGACAUGAAGCCGGAAAAUCUGCCGACGCAUAAUGCCAUUCUGUACCUGUCGCAGAACUUGAGUAUGAUUUCGAGCGGAAGUGCCACUAGUAGUGGAGGUACCGCUGCAGGAACCAGCACAGGAAGUGUCAACGGUGGAGGCAACAAAAAGCCCCCCGACAAGAGUGGAACGAACGGAACGACGGCCACGAGUAGUGCCAGUAGUGUUAUAAGCGGAACUAGCGCAACGAGUGUAACGAACGGAAACUCGGCUGCCAACGGGAACAUCGGUUUAGGUAGUAAUAGUGCAGGGUGCGGCGGUGCUGGAGCGAUCGGAUCGGGAAAAUAUAGAAAUAAGGGCGAAAACUGUAUGACACACGCGAUGCCGAAUGCGUUGUGGUGUCUCAAAUGUAACAUAAUCCUAUGCCGAGCCUGUGCUAGCACGGAAGAACAUCGGAAUCACACUGUCAAGACCCAGGCGGAGGCACGCGACCAGAUCCGUUCCGAUAUUGCAUCGGAUCUGCUGUUGAUGCAAAAGUCUCUCUCCGAGUUGCAGCAUUUUGUAUUCAAGCAACGUGAUUUCCUGCUCAAAAUCCUCGAAGCAUGUACAGCGUUGAAGACUCAGGUCGAAACUGAACUGAUCAACCAUCUGCCCACGUUCGAAGUGGCAGAAAUACGAAGUAAUCUUACAAAAGCGAAACUUUUCCUUAGCAUGCUCGACCAGCAAUCUCCGGCAGACGCGUACAAAUUGUACGCUAAUCUCAAUAUCGAAAAACAACGGCUACAGUCCAAGUAUCAGGAGAUGUAUCUCCAAUGCAAGCUCGACGAUCUGAUACAACACUACGGUAUACUGUUUGACUUCGAGUUGAUCAAACAAGCGCUAUCGAACCUGAACACAAUCGAUCCGAUCUCGUUCGGAAACGGUGCCAUUGGUGGGCUGGGAUUGACCGCCGGCGGUACCACUAUCAAUGGGCACCACAAUUCCAUACUGCUACUUGCCAAUUACUGUAUCUCGCAACUGUAUUCACGCCACAUUUUAACCACCAAACAUCACCAACAAUCGCAGCACAUCGAUACUAAUACAUUAGGCUACGCAAUAUCCUCCCCCUCGCAAACAAACCCCGGAAGCGGAGUCCCACAUUCACCCAACCACAGCGGAAUCCUGACGGGACCACCGGGGAUGCCACAGCCUCCACACUCCGGAUCAUAUGCAAGUCAAUUGAACGAUAUGGCGGCAAUCAUCAUUGCACCUCCCAUGCACCAAACAGGAAGCCGAACCGAUGGCACGAACUCGGCCCGUACGUCCGGUUCCGGUUCGACAUACCUGAGUGAAAUCCUCAACGGUAGUUCCAUGCAGCAUUUGCAUCAACAUUCCGGAUCUUCCCAGCAUCAGCCGCUGACGCCUCCGGGCCAUCCCCUUUCCUCAUCUUCCUCCAGCGUGGUUUCGCUAGUUCCUUCAACCGCACAGCAACAGGUACAGAAGCAAGUCCAGGCGGCAGCGGUCGCAUCGUCACUGCUGUGCAAUCCAUCGCUGCACGUCUAUCCGAUCUACUUCUUCAACAUCGAAAUCAACGGCCAACCGUUCGGCCGGAUUUUGAUCGAAGUGCGCAACGACGUGGCCCCCAAAAUGGCCAAGAACUUUGGUGCCCUGGCGUCCGGUGAUUUGGGAUUCGGCUACAAGGGCUGCAGCAUCUUCCAGUGCUGGGAGAACGAGAGCAUCAUCACCGGGGACUUUGAGCUGAACAACGGCCGCGGUGGCCGGUCGGUGUUCGAGGAGGGAUUCUUCAUGCCGGACGAUACCAAAAUUUUGGCGAUCCGUGGAUCGGUUGGAAUGCGCCGGAGCCAGAAGCGUCACGACAACAUGGGCCUGGUCGGGUCCCAGUUCCGCAUCAUAUUGCGGGAGAUGCGCGGCUUCACCGGAAUUUUCGCGUUCGUGGUGGAAGGGCUGGACCUGGUGGAGAAGAUCAGCCAGGCGGGCGAUUCGGCCGGGAAGCCGCAGAGCAAUGUGCUGAUUGUUAAUUGUGGUAAAUGGCAGUAAAUGAGCCGCUGGGGAAAGAAGAUUCGGGAUUUUGUUUUCGGGGGAUUUUAUGAUAGCUAGUGGUUAAGUUAUCGAUUGUCUCUUAUUAUCGUCCUUUAUACACUAUGUGGGUUAUGAUUUGUUAGUUUAAAUACGUAGCUAGAAGCAGGCUGUUGUUAGAUUUUACGUUUUUUAAUGAAAUAUUCACUAGUUUCGAGUAUUAGUGCAUUUAGUUACUAAGGGCGUUACACCUUUUACGGAUAUUUGGCGGCUACCCUAUCGUAGGGAUAUCAAUUUGAGCUGCACGAGAGGGAAGUGUUUUUGUUGGGUUAUAGGUUAGUGGAGUAGAGAGUAUCGCAAAUACGACGAUCAAUUUGAAUUUGGUGUCUCAUUCACGGUAGAAAUUGUGAUUGAAAUUAUUGAUUAUGAAUGUUGACUAGAAUUGAAUCUGCCUAGAGUUCACGGGUAUCUUAAAAUAAAAACAGAAAACAUGUUUAAUAAAAUUUUCUAGCAGUUUGUUCAAUGCAAUGUCUUCAGAAGCGUACAUUUUUCAUACAUUCGCAGUCAUUAUUUGAUUUAUCGAAACUAGCAAUACUUCAAAAUUAAUUUUGAAAAGUUUCAGAGUUUGCCCUUUCAUAUUUUUGCUAAAACUUGAGUCCUAUGGAAACAUUUGACUCAGACUAUCUGAUCUAUGAAACUGCUCUUGCAGUAGAAACUAUCCAAUAUUUAGUGAAUCGCAAGUGACUUGGGCACUUGUGUAGCUUUAUUCAAAACAUUCCAUAUUGCACAAUACUUUAGAAGCAGAUCUAAAAAUGUUUGAAUUUUUUUUAUUUGACUCCAAGCACACACUAAUUCGCAGAUUUUUGUUAAAUUUUACAAGUUAUUCAAAAGCAGAACUGUUAAGUAUGUUAAAGUUCAAUAAAAAAAAUGAAAAUUGGCAAACAGAAGCUACUAUAUUUGGUUUUUGUAUGAUGUGUGUGCAAUACGUUCGAGUCAAUAUUUCGAAUAUGAAUGAGGCACCACAUUAUGACGGUUAAUAACUCUUUUCAAUAUUAUUAUUCCGUUGUUACGUUUUCUACCUGAAGGCUCCAGUUAAACUGGAGGGCUGGGCUGUGUGUAAUAAUGGCCAGUUGAUGGCCUCAAUCGGUAAAUUAUCAAUCGCAUUUCAGAGAAUUACAUAUAGAGCAUGAUUUAUGAAAUAAAGUAUAGAUGUUCAAGUUUUAAACUACCCUAUCCUAGUUGUUGAAAGACGGGCAAAGUUAAUACUGAGGAUAUGAAUACCAAAUAAUAUAAAGCUUUUUAAACAUCAACAGAUCGCUGCUAAACAGUAGCUGACCUCCAAAAAACCAUAGGUGGUAAAAGAAGAAGGCAAAAAAAAAAAACAAAAAUAAAUAAAAUAAAUGCAUAAAAAUUAGAUUUGUAAAUCGAUGAUGAAACGUAGAAUGUAGAAAUGAAUCGGAAGCAGAUUGUAGAAAUUGAAGCGAUUGGUCUUUUUUGUCUCGACGCAACACAUAUACACAUCCGCAAACGUAUUGAAUUUAUCCUCUCUAUCGCACAUAUUACCAAUCAAUCUAGUUUUGUACAAUCCGAAUAAAUCUGACUAAAGCGAUCAAACAAACGACGGAAAUGUUUGGGAAAAGAAGCAACUCUACAGGGUGAUACUGUUUUUCAUUUAACCUAGUUACCACGUAAACCAUAGAGAUUUCGAAAAUGCGCGUAGUGCGACUUAUCCUUUUUCUAGUAGAAAAACUGGCUGUAUUUAUACAUAUAAGAUUGCGAAAAAUCGUAGACAGCGGAACUGUUAAUCCACCGAAAGCAAACGAUCGAUAUGAUUUCGUUGGUUUUAACCUGGUCAACAUUGGUAGUUGCGAGAGCGAAGAAAGUUCAGCUUAGCUGAAGCAGCUUCUAGAAAUGCUGCACAAACGACGUGUUUAGCAUUGUAACUAAGAAAAAUCAGAUGGAAAAGAAAGUACAAUAACUUGUGAAAAAUCGUUAUUCACGUUCGGAAUGAUGAAGCGAAAUAUUUAAAGCGGGAUAAGUUUAACGGAUAGAAUAAGGCUAUUUAAAUCAUACAAUGGACAGUUCCAAUAUGUAAACAAACUGUAAAGUAUUGAUCAGGAACGUCAAAAAAUAAAACAAACAAAAAAAUACAAAAAUAUAUACAUAUUACGGUGUGUGUUAGUGACGCUAAUAUAGUCAAAUAGAUACAAAAUCCAUGUAAGAAAGUAGUGACAAACUAAACGGAAAGUUGAAUUAUUAACGCUCCUUACCCUUCAUACGCGGAAAACUGAAACACACACACAGACAUCUAAAAAAUACACAAAUAUAAUGCAGCACUCUACCCUCUUACACACACAAACAAACAUUGUUAAGAGCGAACGUGAAACACUUAACCCAAAAAUGCACACACAUGUAAACGGUGAGAGAAAUCAGAAAUACAUAUAUCGUUAGAAAUAGUUUAUGAAUGCGAAAGAAGAGACUGAAUGUUUUCGAAAAAACGAUAAAAACGAAACUGUCGGACUGCAAAAGCGUAACUAACUAACCGAAAAUCAUACGGAAACAUAAACCAACCGCAAACAUUUUACAAAACACAACCACUCGGAAAUCUCAAAUCGUAUUUUGUAUGAAUCGAAAUGCGAACCAAAGAAACACAAACACUUACACACAUACAUACCGAAACAUUUAAACAUGGCGAAAGGGAUUUGUACAGAACGAUGUCAUUAUUUCACAAAGUUAGUGUUCGUUAAUUCGUCGAAACGGUCGAGUUGGUUUGAUUAUGUUUAACGGAACAUCUCGUGGUGGUC